UGGGGUCCGUUUUCAUUCUCUGCACAUAAACCAGCUGGAAUCUUUACCUGUGGCUUCUUCUAGUUAGUUUAGAGCCUUGCUUUGGGUCAGUGUUUCUGCAAGAGGAUGCCAACCAUUUACCAGCCCACCAUGCAGAAUGGAGGCAACCAGGAGCAAGAGGCACAAAGCACGCAGUCAGAUGGCAGGACCUACGAACAGCUGAAGAGGGAGUGCCUGCAAAAUAAAAAACUCUUCUGUGAUCCAGACUUCCCUGCAACUGAGUCGUCUCUUUUUUACAGCCAGAAACCCCCUAUUCCUUUUGAAUGGAAAAGGCCUGGGGAAUUUCAGAAAGAGCCAAAGUUCAUUGUAGGUGGGGCUACAAGGACAGAUAUUUGCCAAGGGGACUUGGGUGAUUGUUGGCUCUUGGCUGCCAUUGCUUCUCUAACACUUAAUGAAAAGACAUUGACAAGGGUGGUUCCUCCAGAUCAGAGUUUUGAUGUUGACUAUGCUGGGAUAUUCCAUUUUCAGUUCUGGCAACAUAAUGAGUGGGUGGAUGUCAUCAUAGAUGACCGACUGCCUACCUUCAGGAAUCGACUAGUUUUUGUACAUUCUGCUGAAAUGAAUGAGUUCUGGAGUGCCCUCCUUGAGAAGGCCUAUGCAAAGUUAAAUGGAAGUUAUGAAGCUCUGAAAGGAGGAAGUACUCUAGAAGCUAUGGAAGAUUUUACUGGAGGUGUGGGAGAGAUGUAUGAAACAAAAAAUGCUCCUGCAAAUCUUUUCCAGAUUAUUGAUAAAGCACUUAAAAGAGGUUCAAUGUUGGGAUGCUCAAUUGAUAUAACUAGUUCUGCUGAAUCAGAAGCUCAGACAGCCUCAGGCCUUGUGAAAGGACAUGCUUACUCAAUUACUGGCCUUGAAGAGGUGAACUACAGAGGAAGGAAGGUAAAGCUGAUCAGAGUUAGAAAUCCCUGGGGUCAAGUUGAAUGGAAUGGCCCAUGGAGUGACAACUCUUCAGAAUGGAAAAUGAUUGAUGCUCAGGAAAGGAAACGUUUAACUCAAGUAUCUCUGGAUGAUGGAGAAUUUUGGAUGGAGUUUGAAGAUUUUAAAGCAAAUUACGACAAGAUUGAGAUUUGUAACCUUACUGCAGACUCCCUGGAUGAUGACACACCUCAUAAAUGGGAAGUAACUGUCUUUAACGGAAGCUGGAUCAGAGGCUCUACAGCAGGUGGCUGCCGAAACUACAUUGACACAUUCUGGACAAAUCCCCAAUUUAAGGUGUCAUUGCUGGAGAAGGAUGAUGAUCAUGACCAGAGUACAUUCAUCAUAGCCCUACUGCAAAAGAACAGGCGCAAGCUCCGAAAGCUAGGACAAGAUCUACAAACAGUUGGCUUUGCAAUUUAUGAGGCCAGUAAACAUGAAGACCAUCUUACAAAAGAUUUUUUCCGGUACAAUCCUUCCAAAGCUCGAAGCAAUACAUACAUUAAUUUAAGAGAACUUUCCCAACGUUUUCGAUUGCCUCCUGGAGACUACAUUGUGGUUCCCACCACCUUUGAGCCACACAAAGAAGCAGAUUUCCUCCUGAGAAUCUUUUCAGAAAAGAAAACAGAAUCUUUGGAAAUGGGAAAUACAAUCAGUGCAGAUCUUCCUGAACCACCUCCUCCACCAUCAAUGAAACAGGAAACUGAAGAAGAAAAAGGCUUGAAAAGACUAUUUCAGCAAAUAUCUGGACAGAAAAUGGCAAUCAGUGCCAGGGACCUUCAGAAUGUGCUUGAUGGUGUACUGAGCAGACGAAAAGAGAUCAAAUAUAAAGGAUUACCACUGCAUACGUGCCACAGCAUUAUCGAUCUAAUGGAUACAAAUAAUACUGGGCAAAUUGAAUUUCCUGAAUUUAUAGUUUUUUGGGAAAAGGUGAAGAGAUGGAUUGGCCUGUUUCUUAUGUUUGAUACAGAUAGAUCUGGGACAAUGUCAUCCUAUGAAAUGCGAUUAGCUUUAAAGGAAGCUGGAAUGCAACUUAACAACAAGAUCAUUCAGCUUAUUGGGUUAAGGUUUGCUGAUGAAGCGUACCAAAUUACCUUCGAUGAAUACCUGGCUUGCAUUGUUCGCCUUGAAAAUAUGUUCAGAGUAUUUCAAGCAUUGGACAAAAGACAAACUGGAGAGAUAUCACUCAAUAUGGCCCAGUUCCUGGCUUUAACCAUGAAUGCCUAAUAAAAGAUGAUGACAUGAAGAAAUUUCUGCAUUCAGCAAGAUUUCUAAAUAUUGGGAAAGAGGACACAAAUAUUGCUUUAUUUUCUUGUUUUGGUAAAGAAACUGUAUUAAACUUCCAAUACAGAACAUUAAAUUACUUAAGGCAGUCUUGACCAAAAACAUGUGUAUUGUGCUUGACUGUCCUUGUGCAAGUAUAUUUUUAUGUUCUGCAUUUAUAAUGCUAAAGACAAUGUUUCAAAAGUCUGAGAACAAAAACGAUUGUUUUAACAUGAUACUGCAAACUUUUCAAAGCUUUACAAAACUACUAUUACUAAAAUAUAUUUCUAGGGAAAUAUGGUAUGGCCCAAAAGAUGCUUGGAUAAGGUUAAUGGACAUAAUCAUUUUUUAAAAUGUAAUCAAUAGAAUAUACUUAUUGAAACUAUGAUGUUAUUAAACUACAUUGCCUCCA